AUGCCGGAAUCACAGCCCUCAGCGUGGUCAUCCCGCACCGACGUCCUCUUACGACCCGUUGAACGACCCGUCGGGUACCUGAAGCGUGCCGGCAUUGCGGCGUCGUUUCCCCUACGCGGCAUCUGGUAUUUCCUGCGGAACAAGGAGUUCUACCCGCUGUUCCUGAGCCGCCUGCUUCCGCUAUCAAUCAUAUCCUUCCUCGUCUACUUCAUUCUGUUUACGUUUGCGUUCUUGCCGCAGUUCGCGCUCCUGGCCAUCUUCCACGGGUGGGGCGCCUGGGUCAACGCCGUGGUGUUGGUUCUCGGAGAAGGGCUUGUCGUGAUCCAGGGCCUCUUUGAAGGAUUCUUCGUCGACGAGUGUCGAGUGGAUGUCUUCGAUGCCACCCUCAUCAAGGAAUCACAGACGGACCUUGUCGCUCCACACAGGAUCCUCUUCCACGAUGCCCCCACCGCCGUCAAGAUGCUCGGCAAGCCGACGACCCCCGCCGUCUUCACCCCCUGGUCGAUGGUCCAGAUCAUCGAACUCGUCAUCUUCCUGCCGCUGAACUUUGUUCCGGUGGUAGGCACCCCGGCUUUCAUCAUCAUCACGGGCACACGGUUGGGCAAGCUGGCACAUUACCGGUGGUUCCACCUGCGGGGUUUGAGCAAGAAGGAAGCCAAGAAGGAGAUCAAGUCGAGGACUUGGGAAUAUGUCUGGUUCGGCACGGCCGCCAUGAUCCUCGAGCUGAUCCCCGUGCUAUCAUUCUUCUUCUUGCUCACUACGUCGGCGGGGGCCGGUCUUUGGGCGGCGAGGAUCGAGGACGACAAGAGGCGGCAGGCGACAGAGAGCCUGGUGGGAGAACCCCUUCCGCCGCCGCCUCCUUACGAAGAUGACCCCGUCUAA